UUCUCCAAACCCUAACCCUAACUCAGAAAACAACACCAAAAACCCUAACCCUAAUCCUUGGAAUAACGAUUCGGCAGAGAAAAUUUCCUUCCAUGGAUUCUCAAUUCGAAACGGCCUCGCAACCCGACCCGGCUACCGACGCUUACAUCUUCCUCGAAUUUAACACCCAAGGCGAGUCCGAUUUCGAAUACACGGACUUCCGCGACACGAUUCGUUCUUGGCCCACACCCUCCGACACCACUGCCGCCGAUCGCUCCGGCUCCGACCACCAGUCGGACACUGCUGCCUCCUCUUCACCCUCUAGCGCUUCCAAAGGCGCUGGCCGUGGCGCAACGAGCAAUAACAACAGCAAUAGCAAUAGUGUUAGCAAUAGUGGGGCCGUGGUUGAUGCGUUAGCGACGGGGAUUAGUGGAUUGAAUUUUGAGGAGACGGUUGGGGAUGAGGAUGGCGGUUAUGAGUACGGAAAAGGUGAUUUCGCCGAGCACGCUUGUAGGUAUUGCGGGGUUUCGAAUCCAGCUUGCGUGGUUCGCUGUAACGUUCCUUCGUGUAGGAAGUGGUUUUGUAAUUCAAGAGGGAAUACAUCAGGCUCGCAUAUUGUGAAUCAUCUUGUACGAGCUAAACACAAGGAAGUCUGCCUUCAUAAGGAUAGUCCUUUGGGAGAAACAAUUCUUGAAUGCUACAACUGUGGAUGCAGAAAUGUUUUCCUUCUUGGUUUUAUAUCUGCUAAGACAGAGAGUGUUGUUGUUCUUCUUUGUAGGGAACCUUGUUUGAAUGUUAAUGCUUUGAAAGACAUGAAUUGGGACUUGAGUCAGUGGUGUCCCCUUAUUGAUGAUAGGUGCUUUUUGCAGUGGCUGGUUAAGAUCCCAUCCGAACAAGAACAGUUAAGGGCACGACAGAUAAGUGCUCAACAAAUAAACAAGGUAGAAGAGCUUUGGAAGACAAAUCCUGAUGCCUCCCUUGAAGAUCUUGAGAAGCCUGGUGUAGAUGAUGAACCUCAGCCUGUGGCCUUGAAAUAUGAAGAUGCUUAUCAGUAUCAAAAUGUUUUUGCGCCACUUAUUAAGCUGGAAGCUGACUAUGAUAAAAUGAUGAAAGAAUCUCAAAGCAAGGACAAUGUCACAGUUCGAUGGGAUAUUGGGUUAAACAAGAAACGUAUUGCAUAUUUUGUCUUUCCAAAGGAAGACAAUGAGCUUCGUCUAGUACCUGGUGAUGAGUUGCGACUGCGGUAUUCAGGAGAUGCUGCCCACCCAGCAUGGCAGGCUGUUGGGCAUGUGAUCAAGCUAACGGCACAAGAGGAGGUUGCCCUUGAGCUCCGUGCCAGUCAGGGAGUGCCUGUUGAUGUGAACCAUGGGUUUAGUGUUGAUUUUGUCUGGAAGAGUACAAGCUUUGACCGGAUGCAGGGGGCAAUGAAAACAUUUGCAGUCGAUGAAACAAGUGUUAGUGGAUAUAUUUACCACCAUUUGCUUGGCCAUGAAGUUGAGGUUCAGAUGGUUCGUAACACAUUGCCUCGUCGUUUUGGUGCACCUGGUCUGCCAGAAUUGAAUGCAUCUCAAGUUUUUGCUGUAAAGAGUGUUCUUCAGAAGCCUAUAAGCUUGAUUCAGGGGCCCCCUGGCACAGGAAAAACUGUCACUUCUGCUGCCAUUGUAUAUCACAUGGCUAAACAGGGUCAGGGGCAGGUUCUGGUGUGUGCUCCAAGUAAUGUGGCUGUUGAUCAGCUAGCUGAAAAGAUAAGUGCUACUGGGUUAAAGGUUGUAAGGCUUUGUGCGAAAUCAAGGGAAGCCGUGAGUUCUCCUGUUGAACAUUUGACGCUUCAUUAUCAGGUUCGACAUCUUGACACAUCUGAGAAGAGUGAACUUCACAAGUUACAACAAUUGAAAGAUGAACAAGGUGAGUUGUCAAGCAGUGAUGAGAAAAAGUACAAAGCACUGAAGCGAGCAACAGAGAGGGAAAUAUCCCAAAGUGCUGAUGUCAUUUGUUGCACUUGUGUUGGGGCUGGAGAUCCUAGAUUGGCUAAUUUUCGGUUCCGCCAGGUUCUUAUUGAUGAAUCUACUCAGGCGACAGAACCUGAGUGUCUCAUUCCUUUAGUUCUUGGAGCGAAGCAGGUUGUUCUUGUCGGUGAUCAUUGCCAACUUGGUCCUGUUAUUAUGUGCAAGAAAGCAGCUCGUGCAGGACUAGCGCAGUCUCUAUUUGAACGUCUAGUUUUACUUGGUGUUAAACCAAUUAGAUUGCAGGUUCAAUACCGAAUGCACCCGUGUUUGUCAGAGUUUCCUUCUAACAGCUUCUAUGAAGGCACAUUACAAAAUGGAGUGACAAUCAAUGAAAGGCAGUCAUCGGGCAUUGAUUUUCCUUGGCCUGUGCCAAAUCGUCCCAUGUUUUUUUAUGUACAGAUGGGACAAGAGGAGAUUAGUGCUAGCGGAACAUCAUAUCUCAAUCGAACUGAGGCCGCAAAUGUUGAGAAGAUUGUAACCACAUUCUUGAGGAGUGGUGUUGUUCCUAGUCAGAUUGGGGUCAUAACACCUUAUGAGGGACAAAGGGCAUAUAUUGUGAAUUAUAUGUCAAGAAAUGGUGCUUUGAGACAGCAGCUUUACAAGGAAAUUGAGGUUGCAAGUGUUGAUUCAUUCCAAGGACGGGAAAAAGAUUACAUCAUCUUGUCUUGUGUGAGAAGUAAUGAACAUCAGGGCAUUGGAUUUCUAAAUGAUCCUCGCAGGCUCAAUGUUGCCCUAACACGUGCUCGAUAUGGUAUUGUAAUUCUUGGAAACCCUAAAGUUCUUAGCAAACAACCUCUGUGGAAUGGUUUAUUGACACAUUACAAGGAACACGAGUGCCUGGUUGAAGGACCCCUCAAUAACUUGAAGCAGAGUAUGGUUCAAUUCCAAAAGCCCAAAAAGAUCUACAAUGACCGGAGACUUUUCUUUGGUGGUGGACCUGGGAUUGUGCCUAAUGAUAAUAUUGGGUCUGCUGCCUCAUCUAGUCCAAAUGCUGAUAGAAGAAGCAGUCGUGCUAGGGGUACUUAUAUGCCUCCAGGCCCGCCCAAUGGUACUCACAAGCCUGGAGUGCACCCUACUGGAUUCCCAAUGCCUCGGGUUCCUCUUCCACCAUUCCCUGGUUCUCCUUCUCAGCCUUAUGCUAUUCCAACUCGUGGAGCUGUACAUGGACCAGUGGGAGCUGUCCCCCAGGUCCCUCAACCAGGAAGUCGAGGCUUUGGGGCUGGGCGUGGUAAUGCAGGUGCUCCUAUUGGUAGUCAUCUCCCACACCAGCAAGGCACGCAGCAAAAUGUUGGAACAAUUGGAUCUACUUUUAACUUUCCUCUGGAGAAUCCAAACAGCCAGCCAUCUGUGGGUGGUCCAUUAUCUCAACCUGGAUUUGUUAACAAUAUGCCAGUCCAAGGGCCAAGCCAAACAUUUCGUGAUGGAUUUUCGAUGGGGGGAAUGUCCCAGGAUUUCUUGGGUGAUGAUUUCAAGAGCCAAGGCUCACAUGUUCCUUAUAAUGUUGCUGACUUUUCAACUCAGGCUUCUCAGAGUGCCUAUGCUGUUGAUUAUGUUACACAAGGAGCACAGGGUGGGUUUCCAGGGAACUUCCUAAACCAGAAUUCUCAAGCUGGAUAUUCUCGUUUUGGCACUGGAAAUGAUUUCAUGUCUCAGGACUACAUGAAUCAUGGAUCACAAGGCCUGUUUACUCAGGUUGGCUUUAAUGACCCUUCACAAGAUGAUGCAUCACAGAGCCACUUUGGUGUGGCUAAUCCAAACCAGCUUCAGUCUCAGGGCUUGAUGAAUUCUCUCUACUCCCAGCCCUUUGCCCACUACAACACACAGCCACUAAACUUGCAGGCUCCUCAACAGCAGCAACCUCAGCAGGGCCAGGGCUCUCAAAACCAGAAACUUCACUAUAAUGGUUAAGAAUAAGGAUGCAUUUGGAUGUGAUGGGUUAUAGUCUUUGCAAUCAGCAACUUGGUUUGUGCUGUCCUUGUGUGCCCAAAAUAUAUCCUGCUCUGAAGUGCAAAAUGUUUGCCGGUUUGAGGUCAGUCUAGUUCUGUCCAUAACCCGUAAGAUAUGAUUCCUGAUGAUGGGAAUAAAUAUAAUUGGAGUAAGGGUAAUGGCUAGCUAUGGGGCUAUGUGCAAACACUGGCAGUGCAUCCAGGGCUGAGAAAGAAAAGGAUAACCCCAAAUACCUGCUUGAAGUUUUGCAUUGUUUUGAAGAAAAAGGUUAUUGAUUCAAGAGAGAGCAUUACAUGGUAAGGUUUUGUGGAAAGGGUUUGAUGAUAACAGACGGCAGGCCGUUUGUCGACUUACGGGAUAAACCCAUUAUAGAUACAGAAAGCAGUUACAGGUGAUAAUUUUUGUACAGCAUGCUGGGGAAAAUUGCCUGACCCUUUCAGCUCUUCCUGACAUGUAACAUUACUCUUCACUAUUGUUAGUAGACGACGGCGAUAUGCUAGAAGUGUUUCCUAGUGCUUGUAGACAUGACUGGUAUAUAUGAAAUGUUGAUGAUGGCUUUGAUGUGAGAAAAUUGGGUUUGUUUGACUUA